AGCCUGCCUAUCCCACAUCUCGAUGCCUAUAAGCCGGUCUCCCCUCCCCACCCCACUCUCCCCUUUCGCUGCUUCCUCCCCCCCCCCUCCGCCUCGCCUCAUCGCUUCCUAUUGGCCUCGCCGCCGUCUCGCCCCGUCCCGUCGUCCCAAUCCCGCCGUAUCCGGUCCGUGGGACGGCGUUGAUUGCCGGGGCCCGGAUAGGAGGAGGAGGAGGAGGAGAAGGAGGACGCGGUGGUGGUGCGCGGAAUUGCGUGGCGCGGGAGCACGGAUGGAGGUCGGGGAGAUGGAGGACGUGCAGGCGGCCGCGGCGGCCGAGCAGGUCAUCAGCAGCAGGGGCGGCUCCGUGCUCGGCAAGAAGGCCAUCCUCAAGAGCGACCACUUCCCCGGGUGCCAGAACAAGCGCCUCUCCCCGCAAAUCGACGGCGCGCCCAAUUACCGCCAGGCUGGAUCCUUGCGUGUUCAUGGUGUUGCAAUGCCGACGAUGGAAGGAAUUGCUAAUGUGCUAAACCAUAUUGGAGCACAAAAGAAAGGAAAGCAAACUCGGGUUCUAUGGCAUAGUCUUCGGGAGGAACCGGUUAUCUACAUCAAUGGUCGCCCCUUUGUUUUGCGAGAUGUUGAAAGGCCCUUCUCAAACCUUGAAUACACGGGAAUUAACAGGGAGAGAGUGGAGCAGAUGGAGUUUCGCCUUAAAGAGGAUAUUCUUCAGGAAGCAUCAAGAUAUGGGAAUAAGAUCCUAGUAACUGAUGAACUGCCAAGUGGUCAGAUGGUGGACCAGUGGGAAUCAGUGAUGUCUGAUACAGUGAAGACUCCACUUGAGGUCUAUGAGGAUCUACAACAUCAAGGAUACCUUGUUGAUUAUGAACGUGUUCCAAUUACUGACGAAAAAGCCCCGAAGGAAGGAGAUUUUGACAACCUGGUACGUCGAAUCUCUCAAGUUGAUAUAGAAACGGAAAUUGUGUUUAACUGUCAAAUGGGGAGGGGACGGACAACUACUGGUAUGGUUAUAGCUACAUUGGUGUACCUAAACCGAAUAGGAGCUUCAGGUAUCCCGAGGACAGACUCGAUUGGGAAGGUCUUCUAUGCUGGAAAUGAUGUAGAUGACUAUAUGCCUAGCUCAGAAGAAGCAAUACUCAGAGGAGAAUAUGCUGUCAUUAGGAGCUUAGUCCGAGUUCUCGAGGGUGGUGUCGAAGGCAAAAGGCAAGUUGAUAAAGUUAUUGAUAAAUGCGACUCUAUGCAGAACCUAAGAGAAGCAAUUGCCACCUACCGCAAUAACAUUCUUCGGCAACCUGAUGAGAUGAAACGGGAGGCAUCACUUUCCUUCUUUAUGGAGUACUUGGAACGUUAUUACUUCCUCAUAUGCUUUGCUGUCUAUGUGCAUUCAGUGAGCUCUGCUCACCAAACGACAUUAUCAGUAGAAGUUAGUUUCUCUGAUUGGAUGAGAGCAAGGCCUGAACUGUACAGCAUUCUUCGAAGGCUACUGAGGAGAGAUCCAAUGGGUGCUCUUGGUUAUUCAAGUUCGAAACCCCAUCUUACGAAAAUUGUUGAGUCUGCUGAUGGACAUCCGCAUGAGAUGGAUGUCGUUGCUGCCAUGAGGAAUGGAGAAGUUCUUGGGCGUCAAACUGUUUUAAAAAGUGACCACUGCCCAGGCUGCCACAACCUUAAUUUACCUGAAAGAGUGGAGGGUGCACCGAAUUUUCGGGAAAUUCCUGGAUUUCCAGUCUAUGGUGUUGCAAAUCCUACGGUUGAUGGCAUUCGCGCUGUUAUUCAGCGUAUCAGUACAAGCAAGGGAGGGCGAUCAGUACUAUGGCAUAAUAUGAGAGAAGAACCAGUUAUUUACAUAAAUGGAAAGCCAUUUGUGCUUCGUGAAGUGGAAAGACCAUGCAAGAAUAUGCUGGAGUACACGGGAAUUGAUCGUGAUAGGGUGGAACGCAUGGAAGCUCGGCUGAAGGAAGACAUUUUACGGGAGGCGGAACGGUUUGAUGGGGCAAUAAUGGUUAUUCAUGAAACUGACAAUGGUGAGAUCUUCGACACAUGGGAAAAUGUAGAUAAUGAAGCUGUUCUGACUCCGUUAGAGGUAUACAAACAUUUGGAGUGUGAAGGUCUUCCGAUCAAAUAUGCGCGAGUGCCCAUCACUGAUGGUAAAGCCCCCAAAAGUUCAGAUUUUGACACAAUAGCCUUAAAUGUAGCGGCUGCUAGCAAGAACACUGCUUUUGUGUUCAAUUGCCAGAUGGGCAGGGGCAGAACAACUACAGGUACUGUGAUUGCUUGCCUACUGAAAAUCCGAAUUGAUCAUGGCAGGCCUAUUAGAAUUCCAUCUUGUCAAAAUAGCCAUGAAGAUGCUAAUGAUGCUGUUUACUCAACCGGAGAAGAAACAACAGACCACAAUGGUCACUUGAAUUCAGAAUCAUGGAAACCUCGUACUUUGACAAAGCUACAUUCUGGAUUUCGAAUUAAUGACAUCCUUCUGCUGCGAAAGAUUACACGAUUAUUUGACAAUGGAAUUGAGUGUAGGCAGACUUUGGAUACUGUUAUUGAUAGAUGUUCAGCUUUGCAGAAUAUUCGCCAAGCUGUUUUGCAGUAUACGAAAGUAAUUAAUCAACAAAAUGUGGAGCCUAGAGUUAGGAGAGUUGCAUUAAAUCGCGGCGCUGAAUAUUUGGAGAGAUACCUCAAAUUAAUUGCAUUCUCGGCAUACCUCGGGAGUGAAGCAUUUGAUGGUUUCUGUGGGCAAGGAGAAGCAAAGAUAUCAUUUAAAGGAUGGCUGCAACAGCGGCCAGAGAUCCAAACUAUGAAAUGGAGCAUAAGACUGCGACCUGGGCGUUUUUUCACUGUACCGCAUGAACCGAAAGCAACAUAUCCAUCUCCGCAAGGUGAUGUAACAAUGGAAACCAUUGUCAAAGCUCGUAAUGGUUCUGUACUGGGGAAGGGAUCAAUACUUAAAAUGUAUUUCUUUCCUGGACAGAAAAAGUCACACAGUGUGAAUUUCCGGGGUGCACCGCAUGUUUUUAAGGUGGAUGGAUACCCUGUGUAUAGCAUGGCAACACCAACUAUUGAUGGAGCAAGUGAUGUUCUGUCAUAUCUGGGCUCUAAAGAUACAACUGGAAGAAGCAUUGCUCAAAAGGUAUUCCUCACAGAUCUUAGGGAGGAAGCGGUUGUUUACAUCAAGGGAACACCAUUUGUCUUGAGAGAACUGGAUCAACCUGUUGAUACUCUGAAGCAUGUUGGCAUUAGUGGUCCAAUGGUAGAGAGCAUAGAGACAAGGCUAAAGGAGGAUAUACUCUCUGAAGUUAAACAACUAGGUGGUCGGCUACUUCUUCAUCAAGAAGAAUGUAAUGAAGCCACAAAUCAAUGUCGUGUGGUAGGUUAUUGGGAACACAUAGAUCUGGAGGACGUGAUGACACCAGCUGAGGUGUACAUCACGUUGAGAGAUAAGGGGUAUUGUAUUGACUACAAAAGAAUACCUCUCACCAGGGAAAGAGAAGCAUUAGCUGCUGAUGUAGAUGCUAUACAAUCACUAAUCGAUGAAUCUGCUAGGUACUAUCUCUUUAUUUCACACACUGGAUAUGGUGGUGUUGCUUAUGCAAUGGCCAUUACCUGCCUGAGGCUGGGUGCAGAUGCAAAGUUUGUCAUGGAAGAAACAGCAGAAACACACUUUGUAUCAACUUCUCUUACAAAAUUUGUGUCCAUCAAAACCUCCACUGACAUAGCACUUAGGCAGGGUGACUACCGUGACAUAUUAAACCUUACUAGAGUGCUGGUACAUGGCCCUAAGAGCAAAGAAGAGGUUGACACAGUUAUUGACAGGUGUUCUGGUGCUGGUAAUUUGCGGGAGGAUAUUCUACAAUACAGGAAGGCACUGCAAGACUGUUCACAUGACGACGAUGAUGAUGACUAUGAAGCACGGUCUUAUCUCACUGACAUGGGUACGAAAGCUUUGAGGCGUUACUUCUUUCUGAUAACGUUCAGAUCCUACCUCUACUGUGCAUCCUUGAGCGAAGCAACAUUUACAUCAUGGAUGAAGGCUAGGCCUGAGCUUGGCCACCUUUGCGAUAAUUUGAAACUGGAUAAAUAGAUGAUCGUUAUCAGGGACGUCAUUGUGGAGUUCUGGCUCUUCCUCGGACAAAUUCACCUAGAGUUUCAGACAGGAGGGAGACUAAAGAGAAUGGCUAGGAAGGAAACAACGGUUACGGGAGUUGGGGAGGAAAAAAAAAGCAGCUUAUGUUGUCUGAAAGUGAGCAUUGUACUAGACUUGUCGGUGUUAAUUGACACCAGCAAGCAUAUGUAUAUAUUAAUAUUGUCAAGCUUAUUGUAGGUGAACAUAACAGAACUUUCCAGUUUAGUAUUUUCCCCUUUUUUUUUUAAUAAUUUUAUGCAAUUCAUUCUUAAGUAUGUCUCUGCUAUGCGUGCUCUUCGACAACUCAGAUUUAUGAACAAAAUUGCUCUUGAAAUACUCAAACAUGCUAUUCCUCAA